AUGUUCUACUUCACACUCGACGGCCACGUCGAAAGGCCUGACGUCUCUCCGCCACCUGAAAACCUCCAACCUCCGGUUCCCAUGCGGUUUGAUGCACGUCCUCGAAUUCCAACAACAAUCACCGCAGAGCUUCAACAAUGGCUAGUGCUUACCACUACACCGACAGUCCCGUACACACCUCCAGCGAACCUUAGAUCUCGCGCUCAUAACUCCUCCGCGGUGGUCACAAAUGCGGGUACAGAGUGGCUAGUUCUCACUGCGAAGGCCGUUCUCCCUCCCACCAGCGCCGCACCCUCCACCUCCGAGCAGUCAAAAGCGACACCAUCAGGAGAAGCCCUGGCAAUGUUGGAGGAUAGGAUUCUAGAACCAUUCGUCCCGCACCGUCAGAGGUCGUUCUCCAGCCUGUUAGCAACUGUAGUAGACGGUGAUAAAGGGGAAUAUCAAAGCCUCGGUACCCUCCACCUCCGAGCGGCAAAAACAAUUGCCGUCAGGAGAGGUAACCGCAAUGCUGGAAGAUAA